UCUUGACCGUUGACGUCACGAUCACAACCGCGCAGGCGAAACGUCAUCCUGACCGUGACGCCACGCAGCGGUCACAACCGCUGGAGAGUCGAUGACGUCACUGAGAACGUUCUCCUGUCUCCCGUAUGCGUGUGACGUCACGCCCCACGGUCGCUCGAAACUGUACCGGUGACGUCCCGCGCCGAUGACGACGUGACGUCACCGGCUUGAGCGCCACAGCGGGAUCUGAGCGGCAGUCCGGCACGGCCUCUCAUGAAGCGUUCCGGAGGCCCUCCCCCCCCUGCCCCUGCCCCUCCCCCUGCCCCUGCGGAGGCCCACGAGGCCCCGGGCCCGGCCACGCGUCCCUUGGCCCGCUGGAGGCGAGCGGCCCCCGGCGUCGCCUUGCCCAGCGGCGGGGGCGUGGGGCACGGCGGCAGCGGCGGCAGCGGCUGGGAGAUUCUGACGCUGGGGGAGAGGCAGCGGGGAGACGGAGGAGGGGGAGGCGGCGGCGGUGGCGUCACCACGGAGACGGAGAGAGAGGAGGGACCCGUCGCCACGGAGACGGAGGAGGACGAGGAGGAGGUUAGCGGAGGCGUGGCGGUGACCCACGGGGGCACGCCGGGCGUCGGGAAGGGAGUAGCCACGGAGACCGGAGACGUCGCCGUGGAGACGGGGGUCGCCGUGGCGACGGGGGUCGCCGUGGAGACGGGGGUCGCCGUGGCGACGGGGGUCACGAGGCCUAGCAGGAGGUGGGUCAGAGGCCGUGGACCACAGGAGCAGCGUGAGGUUGCGGCUUGCUCCAGCGACUCCGUUGCUGACGAGCUCCGUCACUCUCCCAAGGCCAAGCCUCUUGUGGGUGGCCCCGCGCUCUACAACUCCACGGAGACCCCCCCAGGGGACCCCCCCCCAGGGGACCCCCCCCCAGGGGACCCCCCCCCAGGGGACCCCCCCCCAGGGGACCCCCCGCCAGGGCCGUCUACGCUGCCCGAGCGUCUGCUGUGCGGGAGCUGCGGGGGUCUGCUGAGGCAGCCCAAGCUGCUGCCGUGCCUCCACGCCUUCUGUCAGCGCUGCCUCCACGUGACGCGGGAGGGGGAGGGGCAGGGGGAGGGGCAAACGGACGGUGGGCGGGGCGAGGGCGUUGACCCCACGUCGGUCAGCUCGGCGGCGGUGACGGGGGUCGUGCGGUGCUGCGUGUGCGGGGAGCGGAGCCGCGUCCCUCCUGGUGGGACAUCCGAGCUGCCCACCGACCACCUCCGUGCUACCGAGCUGCUGCGCCACCGGGUGGCCACAGCAGCAGCAGCAGGCACAGCAACAGCAGCAGCAGCAGGUCCGACCUGUGACCUGUGCUGCUGUCCAGGCACCACGCAGCAGCAGGAGGCGGUGGUGGGCGUCGAUAAGGCUCACAGCUACUGUGAGGAGUGUGCGGUGUUUCUCUGCGAGUUCUGCACCGAGGCUCACAGGCGUCAGAGGCCAACAGCCGGACACAGACUGACCCCUCUACAGUCACACGGCGCCGGGUCCUCUUCCCCGUCCCUGUCCCGGCUGGUCCGCGUCGUGCGCCGCCCGGUGCUCUGCCGCCAGCACGCCGGGCAGGAGCUGCGCUACCGCUGUGCCGGCUGCGCCGUGCCGGCGUGCCGGGAGUGCUGCGUUGCCGGAGGGCCUCACGGCACACACGGCUGGGAGCCGGCCGAGGACGCCGCUGGGCGUGCAGCGGGGGAGGCGAGCGGAGCGCUGGAGGGAGCACACGCACGGGCGAGGGCUAUGGAGGCGUCCGUGCGUAAGCUGCAGGAGCUCUCCGAGUUGACGGAGGAGCGCGCCGAGCGAACACGUGGGGACAUUGAGAGCUUCCGCCGGGCAUACGAGCUCACAGUGCACACGCACUACCACUCCCUGCUGCAAUCACUUGACGAGAAGCUACGGCUGUGCCGGGCUUCUCUGCAGUGGCGAUCUUCUUCUCUCCGCUCCGGCCUGGCGGAGCUCCGCUCGGCCACGGCCUUCACCGAGCACCUCCUGCGGCACGGUCACCCCGUCGACAUCAUGCUCACAGCGCCGCUCGCCACGCAGAGGCUCGCCACGCUGGCCCGCCAGCUCGACGCCGCUGAAGUUCCACCCCACCCCGGUGCAGUGACUCCUCCCUCCUCCUCCUCCACCUCCUCCUCAUCCUCCUCCUCCACCUCCUCGUCCUCCCGCUCCUCUUCGGCGGCGGCGGCGGCGGCG